GACGGCAGGGUCACAGCUCUCAGGGCAUGAAUCAGUCUCCCCUCCAGACUCCGCAAAGGCGCGCUCCGCCCUGUCCCGGGUCAGAAGGACGCUCACCCUACAUAAAGCAGCGGCACCCACCACGCUGGAACUCAGACUGCCUCGAGGUUGGACGCUGUGCACCUUCCUCCCGCUGGCACAUUCUGGAGACGCCUCACCCGGGCAGCUUGAAUCCGGACACCAUGUACUCUGUUCGCCCCCUCCGACUGGUGGUUCUGCCGCUGCUCCUGGUUGGGACUGCGCUGGGAGAUGCUCCUCAAGCGCUGCCAGGAAAGAACGCGGAGAUCUGCCUCCUGCCCCCGGAUGAAGGGCCCUGCCGGGCCCGCAUCCCCAGUUACUACUAUGACAGGUAUACGCAGAGCUGCCGCAAGUUCAUGUAUGGGGGCUGCGAGGGCAAUGCCAACAAUUUCGAAACCCGGGAGGCCUGCGAUGAAGCUUGCUGGAGGAUAGAGAAAGUUCCCAAGAUUUGCCGGCUAGAAGUCAGUAAGAGGCACUGUGGCGAGCUCAGAGAAGUGUAUUUCUUCAAUCUAAGUUCCAUGGCAUGUGAAAAAUUCAUAUCUGGCGGGUGUCACAGGAGUAAGAAUCGGUUCCCGGAUGAAGCUACUUGUAUGGGCUUCUGUGCUCCAAAGAAAGGUCCAUCAUUUUGCUAUAGUCCAAAAGAUGAGGGACUAUGCUCUGCUAAUGCAACUCGCUAUUAUUUUAAUCCAAGACACAAAGCCUGUGAGGCCUUCACCUAUACCGGCUGCGGAGGGAAUCACAAUAACUUUGUUAAUGUGAAGGACUGCAAACGCAUUUGUGUAAAAGCCUUGAAAAAGAAAAAGAACAAGAAGAUGCCAAAGCUUCUCUUUGCAAGUAGAAGGCUGAAAAUUAAGAAGAAGCAAGUUUAACCCUUUUUUUUUUUCAUAUGUCAUCUUGUGAAUGCCUUUAUGGUUAUUAUCUGAAGGAUAAUAUGGUAACACAAGUAAGCGAAUCCUUAGUGAUUUAUUCACCAAUUCUUAUAUGUUACAUUUUUAAAUUUGUGUAUUUUUUAUACAUAACUAGCUGCUAUUCAAAUGUGAAUCUAUUAUUUUAAAUUUAAUGUUCAACUAUUUUUUAUGAGGUUAAAUUCUUGCUGUGUAUAAGAUAUAAAAGCAAAUAUGUCUCACCCAGUUCUUGGGGUUGCUCUCCCUGAUUUCAGAAGAUGACAGUAACUGAAAAAUAUAAGACAAUAUAAUCAUAUUCUUUUAACACAUAGGUUUAUAAAAAGGACCAGAAAAUAUAUUUAAUUUUGCAUUUAAAAGUUAGAUUAUAUUUUGGGCCCAAGGAGACAAACUUGCAGACUUACCAACACUUCAAAAAAUGUUACAAAUGCUAUUAUGUAGACACUGCUAACUUACUUCUAUUUCUACAGCGUCAUUUAAAAGAUAAUAAAAUAAAGUAACUUUUUUGACUGAAUUAAAAA